AUGAGAAAUCAAUUCCUAAGAAAGGAAGAAAUGGGAAUGAAGGAACAAAUUGUAUACAGCUCGUUUCUUAAUGAAAAUCUAGAGACACCAGAGGUCCCAAUAAAAAAAAUAUCGAUUGGCAACAAUGGUUCCUUCUCAGAAAAUAAUAAACAUGAUAAGCAUCAAGAGGAAGAUAAAGAAGUAACUUCAUCAGAGAAUCUGAUCAUUAAAAAUCUUACAAGUAUUGGUGAAAUCGCACAGUAUAGGAUUGUCUUUUUGACUGAAGAAAAGUUAAAAAAACUGGAUGAACUGCUUGACGAAGGUUUGUCCGAUAAAGAAAAACUUGUGGAUUUACAAAAAAGGCAUGAUGCCUUAGGUAUCGAAGAAAACAAUAAUAGAUCAGCUUUUAAAGAGGAGGAAUAG